AUGUCGUUAAGGCCAGAGAAGCCAAUUUGGAUGUCUGAUCAGGAGUAUGAAAGACAAUAUGGUUCUGCUCAAUCAGAAAAUAAGCAAGGUCGUAAUGUUGAAGUUAAAGUGAAUUCGACUGUACCAGAGGUUUCGACAGAUAUUUCUCCAGAAGUUGUUUCCAUGGAAUCUACUAGUACUCCAGGUUCAAGAUUUCAAAGACGUAAGCGUGAAAGGUACGAUGAAGAAGAACAGAAGAAGAAGAUGCAAAUUCAAAGAUUAAGAGAUGAACAAUUAAAAAAACAUGAUAUUCAAAUGACUGAAGAGAGGGUUGUUAAUGUGGAUCAAAUUGUUAGACAACAUUAUAAUGAAAGAACCUACAUUGCUAGUAAAAGUAAGAGAGCUUUAUCACCAAUUAUUAAAUUGCGUAAUUUUAAUAACGCAAUUAAAUACAUGUUAAUUGAUAAAUUCACACAUCCAGGUAAUAUCGUAUUAGAACUAGGUUGUGGGAAAGGUGGUGAUUUGAGGAAAUACGGUUCUGCCGGUGUUUCUCAAUUUAUUGGUAUUGAUAUAUCGAAUGCUUCGAUUCAAGAAGCUCAUAAAAGAUAUCAAUCAAUGAAAAACUUAGAUUAUCAAGUUAUUUUGAUAACUGGUGAUUGUUUUGGUGAGUCUCUAGGCAAAGUCGUUGAACCUUUCCCACAAUGUAGAUUCCCUUGCGAUGUUGUUUCGGCUCAAUUUUGUUUGCAUUAUGCAUUUGAAACUGAAGAAAAAGCUAGAAGAACAAUGAUUAAUAUAUCCAAAUCAUUAAGAAUUGGUGGAUAUUUCUUUGGUACUAUACCAGAUUCAGAAUUUAUUCGUUACAAAUUAAAUAAAAUCAGUGAAGAUGUAGAAAAGCCAUCAUGGGGAAAUGCGAUAUAUAAGGUAACCUUUAAAAAUAACGAAUAUUUUAAGAAUGAUAAAGAGUUCCCAUCUCCAUACGGUCAAAUUUACACAUAUUGGUUAGAAGAUGCUAUUGAUAAUGUCCCAGAAUAUGUAGUUCCAUUUGAAACACUUCGAAGCCUUGCUGAUGAAUAUGGUAUGGAAUUAGAAUUACAAAUGCCAUUUAAUAAGUUCUUUGUCGAAGAAAUUCCAAAAUGGAUGACAAAAUUCUCACCAAGAAUGAGAGAAGGUUUGAAAAGAACUGAUGGGAAAUUUGGUGUUGAGGGAGAUGAGAAAGAAGCUGCUGCAUAUUUCUACACAGUCUUUGCCUUCCGUAAAGUUGGAGAUUGUCCAGAAUCAUAA